AUGACAACUGUAACGGUGACCACAGAAGUUCCCUCAAGAGGUAAGACAGAAGACGGCCCCAUCUGCUGUGGAUCUUCAUCAGCUCACAUUAUUGAAGAAACUGAGUAUGUGAGAAAGAUUAGAACUACCCUGGAAAAGAUUCGAAAUCACAUGUUUAAGGAAGAAGAAUGCCGUGGCAAUGCAAGGCACAAACUAGAUGCAGAGCGAUCUGGAAGCCUUCAGAAUGGCUCGGAUUCCACAACAGACCCCACCUGUCUGGAUUUGCUCAUGGAAAACCUGAGAAGAAAAGAUCAGCAGCUCCUAGAAAUGAACAAAGAGAAUGAAGUGUUGCAAAUCAAGCUGGAAGCUUCCAGAGAAGCAGGAGCAGCAGCUUUGAGAAACGUGGCUCAGAGAUUAUUUGACAACUACCGGACACAAUCUGAAGACCUGGAGGAAAAGCACAAGGACAGUAAACAUUCACUUCAGGCCAACAAACUUGAGAAAGAGCAGACGUUAAAGCAAAGUUCCGAAAAUCUGAGUCUACUUUCAGAAAAACUGGAAGAAAAACACAGGCAAAUCAUAGGACUGGAAAACCGUGUACAGAGGAUGGAAAACGAAAAGAAAACACUCCUAGAGAGAAAAUUAUGUUUAGAAAGCAAGCUGCUCCAGCUCAAGUCCAAUGCUGCAAAUUCGAAAAGUUGCCAGGAUCUUCAGACGGAGAUUUCCGUUCUCAAGGAGCAGAUCUGCCAUUUGCAGUUCGUGAUCCAUUCCCAGCAUCAGCACCUGCGGAGCAUCAUCAAGGAGAUGGAAGGACUAAAAGACACUUUAAAGGAGCAAGAUAAAAACAUUGAAAAUCUGAAAGAAAAGGUCACUGUGCUUGAAGCCCAGAAUAAAGAACUAAAAACCAAGCUGGCACAUUGGACUGAAACACCUAGGACAUCAGUAUCUAAGGCCAUCUCUACAAGUGAGUUGAAGACUGAAGGUGCUUCUCCCUAUUUGAUGUUGAUUCGGCUAAGAAAAUGA